CAGGCAUCUAGCAGGACUACUAUGCAUACUGACGUUUAGGUCCAUGUCUGUCCGGUGUCAUUGGUGAAUGACCGAAGAUGUCUCAUAGCAGGUUGUUUGCCCGGUUCCUCUUGCAGCAGGCUGGGGUGAGACACUGUUAUACUGGAAACAGGAAGAACCUUUACAUCGACAAGAACACUAAGGUCAUCUGUCAAGGCUUCACAGGAAAACAGGGCACCUUUCACAGUCAGCAGUCUCUGGACUAUGGCUCUCACUUAGUAGGAGGAGUGUCCCCAGGCAAGGGGGGCAAAACACACCUGGGUCUGCCAGUCUUCAACUCUGUGAAAGAGGCUAAAGAUGGCACAGGGGCUGAAGCCACCGUGAUCUACGUGCCGCCCCCUUUCGCUGCAGCCGCCAUCAUCGAAGCAAUUGACGCAGAGAUGCCUCUAGCUGUCUGUAUCACUGAGGGAAUCCCUCAGCAGGACAUGGUGCGGGUCAAACACAAGCUGCUCCGCCAGAACAAGACUCGCCUCGUUGGCCCCAACUGUCCCGGUGUCAUCAACCCUGGCGAGUGCAAAAUUGGGAUCAUGCCUGGACACAUCCACAAGAAAGGAAGAGUUGGCAUUGUAUCUAGAUCGGGCACUCUUACGUAUGAAGCAGUACAUCAGACGACCCAAGUGGGUCUGGGCCAGUCGCUCUGCAUUGGUAUCGGUGGAGACCCUUUUAAUGGCACUAACUUCAUUGACUGCCUGGAGGUGUUCUUGCACGACCCAAAAACCGAAGGCAUCAUUCUGAUUGGAGAGAUUGGAGGAGAUGCAGAAGAGAAUGCGGCAGAGUACCUGAAACAGCACAACUCUGGUGCCAAUGCUAAGCCAGUGGUGUCGUUCAUUGCUGGCUUGACAGCCCCUCCUGGAAGGAGAAUGGGCCACGCAGGAGCCAUCAUUGCUGGAGGCAAGGGGGGUGCCAAAGAGAAGAUCGCCGCCCUGCAGUCGGCUGGAGUCGUCGUAAGCAUGUCUCCGGCUCAGCUGGGCAGCACCAUGUUCAAGGAGUUUGAGAAGAGGAAGAUGUUGUAACGUGUCAGAAACAGACUGCCCUCCCUGCCUUAGGACCUUCAUCCCUGCUGGAGUCCAGCACCUUCCUCCAGGCUCGACCGGGCACACAUUUCAGCUGAUUCUAUGAAUACAUGGUCCAUAUUUGGACCAGAGGAAAUAAAAACAUUUCAAAAUCUAUCACAGCCUUUGUCUUAGAAGUGUACGGCACAGGAGCAUAUCCACCUUGUAAUCCAGCUACACUCGGAGCAAUGUCAGCCAUUUGUUGCUUUAUGUGAUGAUGUCCUCUUCCCCCUCCCCCAGAAAAUAUAUCUCUAAUACACUA